AUGCCUGAGUUCAUACUACAUUCGCCGACCCGCCCUCGCAUCAUCAACGACAUCCACUCUGCAGGAUGUUUCGCGCCGUCCCAGCCAUCGAGCUAUGGCGCGUUCUCGGAGGACUUCUGCAAAUCCUCUGCGCCGCCGCCGUCGCCGGUGAAGAGGAGUCAAGCGAAGGAGAAUGUGCAUCCCGCGGUCGACGCCGUCGCCGUUAGCAAGGCUCUCUUGACUUUUGAAGACAAGCCAAAGCGCGCGCCCCUUGAUUCCUUCGUGGAACAUCUCGCCAACCACGAAGAUACGCCCGUUACGCCGAGCUCAACAUCUCGCCCCGCAACGCCGCCGACGUCCGAUGGUCCCGCGCUGAAGGAGGCGCUGGGCGCCUUAAUGUCCUUUGCUGACUCUCUCGCGGAUACAGCGCCGUCGUCGCCAGCAAAGGGUCAGGAGGGGACCUUCGUUGUAAGCGAAAGCGUCAAGAGGGAGCUAUUGAAUGCUCUCCUGACCAUCGCGCACAACGACGAGCUUUCAUCGGGGCAGAAAUCGGCCAACCAGGUCGAAGGCGGGAUGGAGGCCAUUACGUCCGGAGUAGCGGAGGAGAGUGUUCCCGCUGCGAAGACUGUCGCGUCGGAGACCAGCAAGGCCGCUGAGCACGAGGCUACUCUGGCCGUUUGUGCUGUUAAUGAUAUUGGGGCCGUACCACUUGCAAGUAACGCCGGUUCUACUGAGAGCGUUCUUGGUGAGAACUUCGUACACUUCUCUACUGAUAUGCGGACAGCUAACCUUAGACCAGCCUCGCCAAACGUUACCGCCUCCGUCAUCGCCGUCACAACUACUCCGCAGGUUCUCAACGCAAACGGCAAGCGUCCCGCGGACGAAGACGGGGGGAUGAGAUGCUACUACAAGCACAACACCGUCGAUGUCAACGAGGACAUCAUCAUACAGGUUGGCGAUGCGUACGAGGUUAAGCACCCUCCUCGCGAGUACGACAUUGAAGAGAUAGGCUUGACAUGUUGGGGAGAUAUCUUGCCUGUCGCCUGUGUGGAGGUGGAGAACGCCAUGGCUCAUGUGAAGCGGAGGACCGAGUCUCGAAAGAAACGCUGCCCCGCCUGCUUCUGA